AUGGGAAACGUGGACUUCAAGGACCCUUCGGAAAAUAGACUUCCCUUUAUUUGUCAUGACUUGGGCUCUGAUGUGCUGAAAGCUGCAUUUGAAGGUUACAGCUGUGUGUUUGCCUAUGGCUAAACAGGAUCAGGAAAAUCCAACACCAUGAUGGGUCACACGGGAGAUGAAGGUUUAAUCCCACGGAUCUGCGAAGGCUUGUUCCGGGAGAUAUCUCAUAGAAGCCAAAGUGAUGCUGUGUCGUUCCGUGCAGACUUAGAGAUCUAUAAUGAACGUGUGCAGCACCUCCUCAAGAAGAGAGCUACACCUACAGAUGUGGAGGUCAGACUGAAUGAGCACCCAAGAGAUGGCCCCUAUGUUCAAGAUCUGUCCAAGCACUUGUUGCAUAACCACAGUGACGUGGAGGACCUGAUCCCUCCCGGCAACGCCAACCACACCACAGCCGGCACGGGCAUGAAUGACCUCAGUAGCCGCUCCCGCGCCAUCUUAACCAUCAGCUUCACACAGGCGUGGUUAGAAUUGGAGUUGGCGCAUGAGACGUUAAGUAAGAUCAGCAGUGAGAGAGCCGACGCCACAUGCCCCACAGGCUGAGACCGACUGAAAGAAGGUGCCAACAUCAAGGAAUUCCUGGUCACCCUGGGGAGCGUCAGCAAGGCUUUGGCUGACCUCAGCGUGGGUGGACAGUUGACAAAGAAGAAGAAGCAGACCUUCAUUCCGUAUAGAGACUUUGUGCUGACACGGCUACUUAGAGAGAGCCUGGGUGGAAACUCUAUGACUUCUAUAAUGUAUGUAUCCAUUUCUCCUGCUGAUGUGAACCAUGAUGAGACCCUGAGCACUUUGCGCUAUGCCAGUCGAGCUAGAAACAUAGUGAACUCUCCCACAGUGAAUAAAGACGGCAGCGUGAAGGUUAUCAGAGAGCUGCAGGCAGAGGUUGCCAGGCUCCAAAGGCUGCUGGAAGAAGCCAAUCAGGUCUCCCGUGGGGAGCUGUCUUCCUCCGUGCUACUAGAUGAGGAGCUGCAUCAGAAUGAGGCAAAGGUUCUUGUACUGACCAAGGAAUGGACCAGCAAGUGGAAUGAGACUCAGAGUAUCCUGCAGGCGGAGGCUCUGAGGAAACAGGGGAGUGGAGUGGUCCUGGACUGUCAGCAACCUCAUCUAAUCGGCCUCGAGAAAGAUCUACUCAGCACUGGCAUCAUCCUCUAUUAUUUGAAAGUAAAUGCAACAUUUGCACUUAAUAUAAUUCACAUAUUUACCUCCACCAAGGAGGUUUUGUUUUCAUCUGCAUUUCCAGAGGGGAAUGCUAAUGAGAUCCAAGGUGUUGUGGCUAACUGCUACAAGGGGAGACCCGGCUCUGGUGGGAGCUCAUUAGGCAGCACGUCCCACCUGCAGAGCAGCACAGGAAGCAGCUCCAUGUCUAUCCUACCCCAGACCAGCACUCAAUCUCCAAUCGACAAAAAGCCUCUUAGCAGUCAGGCGCCCUGCCAUCCACCCGAGCAAAUAGUCUUCGAGGGCCAGUUUCGCUGUGGAGAGAUGGAUGAAUCUGGACAUUGGGCGGGGAUCCUGGGAGUGUGUGCAACUGAGACUGCGGCAGCCACAGCUCUAGGCUCAGGACUGGGCUUCGUGGAUGGUCCAGGAUGCAGGGUGUUUUCUUUUGGAGCUCUCACGCAGUAUUGCAGCAGGUCAGGACACCAACACAAACCUGGCAUGGCUGAUACAAACCAUGGAGAUGAACUGAUUACAGAGCUACUGCCAGUGAAACGUACCAGUGAGCUGGAGGUUACUUCUGCAUUUGAAGACGAUGAGAACUUUAAGUCUGUGCUGAACAAAACGGAUUUCCAAAUGUUCAGUCAAAGGUUGACUGAAUUUCCUGAUACCCUUUCGAAUCUGCAAACCCUUCCUCUGCUAGACAUGAUGAAUGUUUUGCAUUAUUUCAUUUCCACACCAGUGAUCACCUGCCAGAAGAUUGUAGCUCUCUUUUGGCUCAGUGUGGCGAAAUUCAGCCAACCUGAGCCCUGUCCUGCUCUCCUGAUCCUGGCAGAAACUGGCCUCUAUACACUGACUACAGAUUCUGGGCCCCUGGUUUUGUUCCAUCACUUCCCCUUGUUUCAUCUGAAGCAGGUACACAUAGGUUUAGCAGGCCAGAGUCUGUGUUUGAUGGGCUCUACAGAAGAGAGCAUCCUGGGGGUCUAUAGUGGCAGCCAGAAGCUGACCAGAGAGCUAUGCUGGGCCAUACUUUGUGCCAUCUGCCCUGGGGACAGCAGGGUCUCAGCACUGUUCCACAGAGACUUGAUGAGGAUGUCUCUGGAAUGGCAGACGUAUGUACCUGACCUGCUGAUGGAGGCUGGAUUUAAAGUUGCUGCUCUUGUUUACCUUCUUCAUUUCAACAUGGGUCAAGAUAUGGUCCGUCUAGGAGAAAUACAGCUGUCACUCUACACAAGUGCGGUUGUGCAUCAGCCCCACACUGAGCCCCUUGCCCAGCUUUUACUGACUGAUACCCACCUUGGUCUGGUACAGGAAGAUGCUUUCUUUCACCCGACUCCAAGCUCUGUCACCGUGCAGCCCUGCCGUCCCCUAUUCCACCACCUAACUCUUCGUCAGCGCUCGGAUGUGCGCUGCGUGCUGGUGCGUGAUGAAGACAAGCGUGGAGCUGUCAGGCUGGAUGUAAUCCUAGCAAAUCUGGUUUGGACCAAAAGGCUGGAGAAAAGAAAGCAGCCUGUGAUUGAAUUCACAUCUCAGCGGCUCGACUGCAGUGUGGACGACUCUGCGUCAGUCUCACCCCCUCAAAGCACAUUCUGGCUUCAGAGACGAGGUGGCAGGAAGGGAUUCAACAUGAUUCAAACUGUCUGGAGCAAUUAG